AUUUUUAUAUGAGAGCAACUCAAGAUAAAUACGAACACGUCAGAGGUGAAUAAGCACAAGCUCCAAUCAACGAAAUUAGAGUAGCUGCCAAAGGACUUGAUGGCUCAUACAUCAAAAGAGCUAUUGAAUUGUUGGUUGGCACUUAAGAGAUCCCAAAAUAAGACUCUGUGGUGAUUAAAGGAAUUGAUAAUGCCAUUCCUAAGGUAUUGGUUAUUAGUGAAAUUGUAAGAAGAAGAGUAGCUGGAUUAUCACAAGUAUUACUUCAAAUUCUAUAUAAGAUUAAUUAAAUUGGAAAUACUUAAAUUGUGGACAAAUAUUUACCAACUGAAGAAGGAUUAGUUGAAGUCAAUAUUACUAAAUAAUUGUCUAUUUUGACCGUUAAAUUGACCACCAAGCCAACUGAAGAAGAGAAAAAGUCUGUUGGAUAUUAAGAACCACUCCCUGAAUCUGAAGUUGUUCCAUAAAGAUAAAGAUAAUGUAAUUAAUAAAUUUAAUAAUUUAGAAGGAGAAAAAAGAGAAAGAAACACAAGAUAAAAUAGAGGUGCUCCAAGAGGUGAAAACAGAGGCGAAAACAGAGGUCAAGAUAGAAAAGAUAACAGAGACAAUAGAGAUAACAGAGAAAGAAGAGAUAACAGAGAUAACAGAGACAAUAGAGAAAAUAGAGAAAGAAGAGACAACAGAGACAACAGAGAUAACAGAGACAAUAGAGACAAUAGAGACAACAGAGAUAACAGAGAUAACAGAGAUAGAAGAGAUAAUAGAGAAAACAGAGACAACAGAGAACACAGAGAUAACAGAGAACAUAGAGAUAAUAGAGAUAAUAGAGAUAACAGAGACAACAGAGACAACAGAGACAAUAGAGACAGAAAGGAUAACAGAGAUAACAGAGACAAUAAUAGAUAAAACAACACAAGAAAUACCAAUACAAGAGAAUAAGAAAAGAAAUAAUGAGAUAUAAAGAUCUGUUUAAGAAAUACAAUAAAAUUUUAAAAUAUUCCCAAA